AGUCGUACAAUAAAGUAGCCUUCCUAGGCUGCCUGGUUGUGUGGUAGGCUAUUUUUUAUUCAAGAAAAUCGAAGAAUUUCACAACGAUGUCUUCAAACGAAGACAGAGCGAAGGAGAUUUUGAAGGGGUUCAAAUUAAAUUGGAUGAACCUGAGAGAUGCAGAGUCAGGGAAAGUUCUUUGGCAGGGGAACGAAGAUCUCUCCAUUCCUGGGGUGGAACAUGAAGCCCGAGUUCCCAAAAAGAUCUUGAAGUGCAAAGCGAUCUCCCGAGAGUUGAAUUUCUCCUCGUCAGAACAGAUGGAAAAGUUUCGUCUUGAGCAGAAAGUUUUCUUCAAAGGCCAGUGCCUGGAAGAGUGGUUUUUCGAGUUUGGCUUUGUGAUUCCCCAUUCCACAAACACAUGGCAGUCCUUGAUAGAGGCAGCGCAGGAGUCCCAGAUGAUGCCGGCCAGUGUGUUGACUGGCAACGUUGUGAUAGAGACAAAGUUUUACGACGAUGAGCUUCUUGUAAGCACUUCGCGAGUACGAAUAUUCUACGUCUGA